GGGGCAAGGAGGCGGGGCAGCCUGAGCGGGGGAUGCUGCGCUGGAGAUGACGUGACUUUUCUGGGUGACGCUCGGUCGCCCCCGGGCGGUGGGAAGGCUGCGAAGUCGGCGCAGCGCGGCUCAUGGAGCGGCGGAACCUGUACGCAGUCGGCGCGGGCCCGGCCCGGCGUGCGGGGCGGUUGCGCGGCCCAGUCGGCCUAGGCUCGGCGGCCGCGCUCGGGGGCCCGGCGGAGAGAGCGGCGCGGGUUCCGCGGGGGCGGCCUCGGAGCGCGGCGCCUCUCUGGGGCUGGGGAGAGAAGAUGACAAGUUGUUAAAACUCUUGAAAAGAGAGUUAGCUGUUGAAUUCCGAGUAUUUCUCAUGUAGCUUCUUGCUGGCUCACUGAAGUCAGCAUGGCCAUACCAAUAACAGUUCUGGACUGUGAUCUCCUGCUUUAUGGCCGUGGUCAUCGAACUUUAGACCGCUUUAAGCUGGAUGAUGUGAGUGAUGAAUACCUUAUGGCCAUGUAUGGAUUUCCACGACAGUUUAUCUACUACUUGGUGGACCUGUUGGGAGCCAGCCUUUCUCGACCCACUCAACGGUCCAGGGCCAUCAGCCCAGAGACCCAGAUCCUUGCAGCACUGGGCUUUUACACUUCCGGCUCUUUCCAGACCCGGAUGGGAGAUACCAUUGGAAUCAGCCAGGCCUCCAUGAGCCGUUGUGUUGCCAAUGUCACAGAAGCCCUGGUGGAACGGGCCUCCCAGUUCAUCCACUUCCCAGCAGACGAGACCUCUCUUCAGAGCCUGAAGGAUGAAUUCUAUGGGCUAGCAGGAAUGCCAGGGGUGAUUGGAGUUGUGGAUUGCAUCCAUGUAGGGAUCAAGGCUCCCAAUGCCGAAGACCUCUCCUAUGUGAACCGUAAAGGUUUGCACUCUUUAAAUUGCUUGAUGGUGUGUGAUAUCCGAGGGGCCCUGCUGAAUGUAGAGACACAUUGGCCCGGCAGCCUGCAGGACUGGGCUGUUUUGCAGCAGUCGGCUCUGAGGAGCCAGUUUGAAGCGGGGAUGCAUAAAGGCUGCUGGCUUCUUGGUGAUAGUGCCUUCUUUCUUCGCACCUGGCUCAUGACCCCACUUCAUAUUCCAGGAACCCCUGCAGAAUAUCGCUAUAACAUGGCCCAUUCUGCAACGCAUAAUGUAAUUGAGAAGACAUUUAGGACCAUCCAGUCGAGAUUCCGCUGUCUGGAUGGAUCCAAAGGAGCACUGCAGUACUCUCCAGAAAAGGCCAGCCACAUUAUUUUAGCUUGCUGUGUGCUCCACAACAUUUCUCUGGAACACGGGAUGGAUGUGUGGUCUUCUCCAGUGACGGGACAUUUGGAGCAGCCAGAGGAAGAACACGAGCGCAUGGAGACAUUGGACUCAGAAGCUGAGCACGUGCGCCACGAGCUGAUGCUUGCUCACUUUAGCUAGUCUGGAGCAGAGGAGGGGUCUGGUCUUGUCCAUGGCAGACAUGGCCACUGGUGUAAGGACACUUGUCCUUUGUAUGUAGUUAAUGCCUGUGUGUUAUGGGAUGCACCUGCAAAUUUAGUAACUAAAUGAAGACCGCAGUUGGAGGCUUUCUGGUGAAUCCCAGUUUGAAAUUCAUUUAUAUUAAAACCAAAUGGCUGGGAAGAACUCAAUUUUACAUAUACAAAGUUAAAGGGAAAACUAAAGUAAUUAAUGGCUAAUUCAAAUCACAAUAUCCUUUGUACAUCAAUUUUCAGAAUAUUCCUAAUAAAAGUAAAUUUUCUUAUCCUAAA